AUGGCGGCAUAUGGAGACCCACCCAGGAGUUUGGGUCGGUUCCUCUGGUCGCUGCCGGCCUGCGACCACCUGCACAAGAACGAGAGCGUCCUGAAGGCCAAGGCGGUGGUGGCCUUCCACCGCGGCAACUUCCGCGAGCUCUACAAGAUCCUGGAGAGCCACCAGUUCUCCCCCCACAACCACCCCAAGCUGCAGCAGCUCUGGCUGAAGGCUCACUACGUGGAAGCCGAAAAACUGCGGGGCAGACCCCUGGGCGCCGUCGGGAAAUACCGCGUCCGCCGAAAAUUCCCGUUGCCCCGCACCAUCUGGGACGGCGAGGAAACCAGUUAUUGCUUCAAGGAGAAAUCCCGGGGCGUGCUGCGGGAAUGGUACGCCCACAAUCCCUACCCGUCCCCCCGGGAGAAGCGGGAACUGGCCGAAGCCACCGGUCUCACCACCACCCAGGUCAGCAACUGGUUCAAGAACCGGAGGCAGCGGGACCGAGCGGCGGAGGCGAAGGAAAGGUACUUGGAGAACACGGAAAACAACAACGCGGCCACCAACAAACCGAACCAACUCUCGCCUCUGGAUGGGAGCAAACCCCUCAUGUCCAGCUCCGAGGAAGAAUUUUCUCCUCCCCAAAGCCCGGAUCAGAACUCGGUCCUGCUCUUGCAGGGGAACCUCAGCCACGCCAGGAGCUCCGGCUACUCCCUGAGCGGUUUAGCCGCAUCCCAGACCCCUCACAGCCUCCAAGGCCACCAGCUCCAGGACUCGCUGCUGGGACCCCUCACGUCCAGCCUGGUGGAUCUGGGAUCCUAA